CAGUCGGUGCAGUUGCUCGGAUUGUUUGUGAUGCGAAAUUGCAGCGAAGCCAGUGGGGGUGAGCGAUAGUGCAGCAUUGCUAAUAAAAUGAAUGAAAAGUGUCGCCUGUGUUUGGAGGAAGUGCAGUGUGCCAUCGCCGUUUCGAUAGUGGACGAGUCGUUUCAGCAAAAGCUGCGGAAUGUGUUUUUAUUCGAGAUCUCGACAGAAGAGCCCUUACCGGAACAGGUAUGCCAGCAGUGCCAAACGACAGUGGCCGAGUUUCACGUGUACAGCCAGCAGGUGGAGGCGAACCAGCGCCAGCUAAGGUUAGAGCUGGCGACGGACACGGAUGUUGAGCCGGAACCGGUCAAGGUAGAGCCGGACCUUAAGAUUGAAAUCAUGCCAGCGGAAGGGCUGGAGGAGCUGCCGCCGGGCAUUGAGUGUGUGGAUGUGAAGGAAGAGUACGAUGGAAGCAUUACGGCCCAGUCGGAAUCGGACUUGGAUGCGAGCACGGACGAUGAGUACAUCGUGGCGACCCGGCGCAAGGUCCGUCGUAAAGCGCGCGAACGAAAGGAGCGAAAGGAGCGAAAGGAAGAGAGCGCGGAGCGGGGCAAAGACAAAUCGGAAGGGAAUGGGGCGGCCCGGCAGCAGGAGAAAGACGAACGGAUCAAGGAGUUCUACACGCUGGAGUGCGAAAUCUGCUCCAUCCUGUUGGAUGACUUUGUGCAGCUGCAGGAACACUACCAGCUGGUGCACGACACCCGCGGCUAUAUACGGUGCUGCAACAAGCAGCUCUUCCAUCGGUACACGCUGCUCGACCAUAUCGCGGUGCAUCGGGGAACGAUCCGGUGCGAGGUGUGCGACAGAACGUACAAAACGAAGCGCUACCUGGCGCUACACAUGGCCAAAAGCCACGGCACGGAGGAGGAGCGCCCGUUCAAGUGCGACCAGUGCGGGCUGGCCUAUCCGAAGCAGUAUCUGCUCCGGUCGCACCAGCUGAUGCACGUGCAGGCGGAGUGCCACGUCUGCAAGAAGGUGCUGUCGAGCAAUUACGCCCUCAAGGUGCACCUCACGCAGAUGCACAGCGACGAUGGGAACCAGAUCUGUGCGACGUGCGGCAAAAUUUUCCGCACCAAGGCGGCGAUGGAGCGGCACAUCAAGGAGCAUAUGGGGCUGGAGCCGAUCGAGCGGAUGCAGUGCGAGUACUGCCAGAAGUGGUUCAACGGGAAGUACAAUCUGAACAAGCACAUUCGCUUCCUGCACAACGAGCGGGGGCAGGUGUUCCGGUGCGAUCUGUGUGCGCACGAGAGCCCGAAUAGCCGGGCCCUGUCGUACCACAAGCAGCGGGUGCACGUGCAGGAAAAGCACGAGUGUGAGCUCUGCGGCAAGCGGUUCAAGCGGAAGCUGUAUCUGCGCGAGCACAUUGCGUCGCACACGAACGUGCCACUGUACACGUGCGAGUACUGCGGGAUGAAGUUUAACUCGCACGCGAACCAUUUUACGCAUCGGAAAAACAAGCACCCGGAAGAAUGGGAAGCGCACAAGCGGAUGCGGAUGCUGAAGAAGAUGAGCAAGCAUUGAGGAUGGUUUACAGGGCAGCAGGAUCUUGAGUUUGAUUAGCGUAUUUAGGUGUAGGAUAGGCGCUAUAAUUAGGUGAAUUAUUUUACGCUCUUAGUUAGAAAAACGCUAGAGUGAUACACGAACGCUCCAAUUCGUUAUUCAAAGACAUUAGAAAUGCGUUCUUAUUUUUAGCACAUUGCCAAUUGGCAUUAAACGAUUGGCUCCCCAGUAGUUAUGCUAUUUUACCUGUUGACUUCAAAAAAAGUAUUAAUCAAAAAUAAUAAAGCAGAGAUUUU